UGUAAGAGUGUGAAUUUUCUUGUACCUGCAUUUCUCAGGAUUUGACAUCAGCGGCAGCAGUGAGCUGGUAUUCUGGGGGCUUUCCUCUGUUUUUUUUCACUGCCUUACUUCCUGGAAGUAACGCAAGCAAGUCAGCCAGACAGAAAGAGGGAGGCAAAGUAGAAAAGAAAAAAAUCCGGUGCGCAUAUCCUUGUUCUGACACUGAAAGUGAAACGGAUUUGUGUGAGGUCUUUGUGUAAAUCUGAGAGCCCUUUUCUCAGCAUUGUGUUUGUCAGGAUGGAUGAAACACAUUUUAACAUGAAGUUUAGCAAUCCUGAGUUCAUGGUGGAGCUUCCAUAUCUGCACGAACCUUUUGAGGUCAAGCCUGAACCCUAUGUGCCAGAGACAGUUCAUGGGCCUUAUCUACAGAUUAUUGAGGAGCCAAAGCAGAGAGGAUUCAGAUUUCGUUAUGAAUGUGAGGGCCCAUCCCAUGGUGGUCUGCCAGGGGCCUCCAGUGAGAGGAACAGAAGGACGUAUCCCACAGUCAAGGUGUCAAACUACGUGGGUCACGCUCGCGUAGAGGUUCAGCUUGUGACGCACACAGACCCCCCACGUGUCCACGCACACAGCCUUGUGGGUCGCCACUGUACUGACAACGGAAUAUGCACCAUUGAUGUCGGGCCUAAUGAUCUCACAGCACAAUUCAGUAAUUUAGGCAUCCUCCAUGUCACUAAGAGAGGAGUGCAUGAAGUAUUAACGAAAAGACUGAAAGAAGAGAAGAGGAGGAUAAAAGAGCCUGGAUGUAAAUUUACUGAUGCAGAGGAACAGGCUAUUUUGCAAGAGGCCAAAGAACUGGGCAAAACCAUGGACCUAAACAUUGUGAGAUUAAAGUUUACUGCGUAUUUGCAGGACAGCAAUGGGAGUUUCACAAGAGCCUUGAAUCCAGUUGUCUCCAACCCUAUCUAUGAUAGCAAAUCACCAAAUGCUUCAAAUCUGAAGAUCUCCCGCAUGGACAAAACCUCUGGAUCAGUUCUGGGAGGAGAAGAGGUCUUUCUGCUCUGUGAUAAAGUUCAAAAAGAUGAUAUUGACAUUCGUUUUUAUGAGGAGGAAGAUGAUGGAGGAUGGGAGGCAUUUGGAGACUUCUCCCCUACUGAUGUCCACAAACAGUAUGCGAUCGUGUUUAAGACCCCACCAUACCGCUGCACAGAUAUCACACGUCCUGUCACAGUCUUCCUGCAGCUCAAGAGGAAGAAGGGAGGCGACUGCAGCGAACCCAAACAGUUCACCUAUAUUCCUCACAAUCAAGACAAAGAAGAGGUUCAGAGGAAGAGGAUGAAGGUACUUCAUCAGUCCUACGAUCACUGGCGGGGAGGAGGAGCAGGGGCCUAUGGGGGUCCUGGAUCUGGAACAGGAGGAGGAGGAGGAGGAAUGGGAGGAGGUUUUCCAUUUAAUCCUCCGAUGGAUGGUUCAGGGUUUUACAUUGGUGGAUGCGGUGGAUUUAGCGGCGGGGCACAGAUGUCAGGCUCCACACCACAGGCUGAAGGAUCUCCGAAUCAGUCGACAAACACACAAACUCAGUCUGGCUCUCAAAUGCAACAGCAGCUCUUUCAGAUUGCCACAGCUCUGCAGAGUCGUGCCUCUUUGAUGGCAAAGUGCUCUGCUCGUGCUUUGUUACAGUACUGCAGCACUGGGGAUGUGCGCCCCCUGCUGGCUCUGCAAAGACAUCUGUGUGGAGUGCAGGACGAGAACGGAGACACUCCUUUGCACUUGGCCAUUAUCCAUCAGCAACCUGUUGUGGUACAACAGCUCAUUCAGGCCCUGAACAACACUCCACAGCAGAAGUUCAUCAACAAGCUCAACCACCUCAAUCAAGCUCCAUUGCAUCUGGCUGUGAUCACAAAGCAGGCCAGGUUAGUUGAGAUGCUGAUGAAAACGGGUGCAGACCCGAGCCUGCUGGACCAGGAGGGCCGGACAGCGCUUCACUUGGCCGCUCACACCGGUGACGAGGCCGUGCUACGAGUGAUCCUGGGUCUGCUGGGAGAGCGUCAUGCCCAUUUAAUAAACUCUGCUGACUUCUCAGGUCAAUAUCCAGUCCAUCUCGCAGUAAAGAAAGACGGAGAGCACUGUCUUCGAUUGUUGGUGGGGGCAGGAGCAAAGAUUAACAUGCCCGAGCAGAAAAGCGGCUGCACAGCACUACACCUGGCAGUGAGGGACAACUUUUUAAAACUGGCCUGUUAUCUCAUUACAGAGCUGCAGGCUGACGUGAAUGCGUGUACCUACGGGGGCAACAGUCCUCUUCACCUUGCUGCCAGUCAGGGCUCUCCACCUCUCUGCUCCAUGCUGAUAGCUGCAGGUGCUGAUAAACGCAUGGAGAACGACGAGCCUCUUUUUUUCCAGAGCUCGUCCUCCUCAGAUGAAGAUGACGAGAGCGAGAAGAAUGAAGUCGACAGGCAGCUUCCAGAUCUCAUGGUUCAGCAAGUUCACUGCAUGUCGAUAUCAUCUGAAAGAGGAACAUUUAACCCACGCAAGAGACCUGCAGCGGGACACACACCAUUUGACCUGGCCAAAUGCCAAAAGGUUAGAGAUCUUUUAGAUGGCAGGAAAGGACCCAAGUCCAGUUCUCUCGCCCCCAAGAGGACCAAAAUAACCACCGAGGAAGUGAACCAAGGUUUGGACAGUGAGGUGCUCACCAAACUGUGUAGUAUUCUCAUUGAAGACCAUGUACCCUGGAGAGAGCUGGCGGAAAAACUGGGCAUGCUCACACUCACUCACCUGUACCAGGAGAGUGGCUCACCCUGCCAGAAGCUUCUCGAGAACUACCAGUUGAGUGGUGGUCCUGUGGACGGCCUGGUGGAGGCGCUGCAGUCUCUGGGUGUGAGUGAAGGAGUGAGACUGCUGAGAGACAGCCAACCCAGAGAGGACAAGCAGAGCACAGAUUCUAAAGAGGACAGCGGCUUUGGGAGUCAGUCCAUUGAAGAGGAGAUGGGAAAUCCUGCAGUGGCCAAUCACUGAUUAUCAGGAUCUAAUCUUUGAGGACAACUUGGCACUUUAUUUGACUGGUUUUUUCAGGUGCGAACUGGUGGACUGUUCAUCAUCUCAAUAAAGUGAAAAUACGGCACUGCACAGGAUGAACUGAAACGGAUCAUUUGGAGGUCAAAAGCCCUGGCUGGUAUUACAUAACAGAAAUACAACAUGACAGAAAUCAGUUGCUUUAAGACACUCAAAUCUCCGUAGUCUUAGUGCAGUACUUUUAUCUAAGCAACCCCUCAAUUACUGAGAUUUUACAGCUAUUUAACAGUAAUGCAACUGUCAUUCCACAAUCUCAGCUGUAAUCUUGGAAUAUUUCUGCAGAAUGCUCUGAUAUGAAUGUUUCUUGCAAGCUCUGUUUUGAUUUAUAUGCAACCUUAGGAAAAUGCAAAGAUGUGAUGCAAUUUUUAAAUCACAUUGGUUGUUUUUCUGAUACAUCUCUCUAAUACUGUUUAUUUAUGUGUAUGUUUGGUUGCAAUUAUACACUUGUUCAGAGUAAAUAUGUUUGUGUUUUAAUAAAGGUAUUUCAUUAUCCUGUG